AUGAAAAAGAAGACGGAAAGAAAAGAGAACCAAUCAUCUACGGCAGAUUGGUCUGCACUCCCGAUGGAGCUUGUGAGUUUGAUAUCACAAUUCAUCGACAACGAAAUCGAUCUCAUUCGUUUUCGAUCAAUUUGUUCCAAUUGGCGCUCUUCCUCCAUUCCAAAUCACCAUCUUCAAACUUCACCCAUCAAAUUCCCACUCGUAUAUGAUUCCGGAAACUACCAUUCCUCAGAAAAAGAAAUCAUUGAUUCCCUCAACAAUACCAACUCACCAUUAUGUUACCUCUCCAAACGCACUCUCGUCCUUGUCAAGCCACCACAACAUGGAAAAACCCUAAUUCGUCGUCGUCCUUGGUUGAUUAGAGUUACACAAAACUCACAUGGAAAAACUAAAUUCUUCAACCCAGUCAUCUCAUAUCGACGACCACAAGAACAAACCCCAAUUCCUCCUCACGUGCUUGACUUCAACAAACUCUCCAUCCUUUAUUUAGGAACUGAUUUCAUAAUCGACGAAGACAAGUACCCUAAAACGGUCCUUGCCGUCAUGUGCCACGGGAAAAACCCUCUUUUACUCUGCAGAUUAAGUCAUUGUUCCAACCGUCCGAUGAUGAUUUUCCGUGGCCUCAACGAGCAGGAGUAUUUACGCGGUCAACCAGUCCGGCGAGACAGUUACGGUUGGACCAGACUCGAGCGUCGAGUUAGCAGCUCAACCUUUGGAUCCUGGUAUUCCUGGGUUGAAUAA